UUGGCGCUAGAGUAUCCUGUACAGUCUAUGGAAGAUGAGCUUAGAGUGUAGCUAGCAGGGACAAGUUGUAUGUCAUUUGGCUUUCAUUAAAGCUAAAUUUCUGUGCACAUCUCGACUAUCUGUGUAUGGACAAUCAUGUCGGAUGAAGAAUCGAAGGUUCCCGAGGAGCUUUUCAAAGAUGUCAAAUUCUACGUGGUCGGGGACAUUGAUCAAAAGGUGGUGCAGUUGCUAAAGGCAGGAAAAGGGAAGGAGGUGUCAUACAAUGCCCUGGCAACUCACAUCAUUGCUGAGGAUGGAGAUAACCCCGAAGUUGGGGAGUCACGAGAGGUCUUUGACUUGCCUGUUGUUAAGCCUUCUUGGGUAGUCCUUUCUGUAAGAUGUGGAGACCUUCUUCCAGUAACAGGGUUCUCCCCGGAAUCUGGACAGAUAUUCUUUGGAAUCACGGUUUGUCUCCCCAAGCUCCCAGAGGAUCUCAACACCCUUUGGGCCUUGGUAACGUUCUAUGGAGGUGAUUGCCAGCUGAACCUGAAUAAGAAAGUCACUCAUCUGGUGUGCUGUGAACCUAAGGGGGCUAAAUACGAGUGUGCCUUGAAGCACGGUGGCAUCAAGAUCGUCACGCCCGAGUGGAUCAAAGAGUCUGUGGAUGACAGGACGAGGAAGGAGGAGGCCCUGUACCACCCCAGGCUCACCUUCCAGGAGCCCGAGGAAGAGGAGGACUACAGCGGGGAAGAGUACGACCAGCGCUCGCGCUCAGACGGGAGCUACAGCGACCGGCGCUCCCGGAGAUCCAGCCCUGCCUCGUCGCCAGACGAGUCGCCCGCCAGCGGCCGGGGCGGACACUCUCCCUCCCACAAGGCCCAGCGACGGGACGAGCUCAUGUUCGACGAUUCGUCCGACGAGUCGCCCGAGAAGGAGGAGAGGAACCUGAACUGGACACCGGCCGAGGUGCCCCCUGGUGCGGCCGUGACGCCCACAGCCGGGAAACGCCGCCAGCCGCCUGGUAAAGACUCUGGCCUGAUUAACCUGUGUGCCAGUGUGCCGCCUGUGCCUGGUUGUGCUGUGCCCGCGCCCGACGGUCGAGCUGGUUUGGUGCCGGCCAGUGCCCAGGGCUCGGAGAGGCCAGAGGGCAUGGCUGGGUGGAGCCCAGCUGCCAGAACGCUCCGGAACAUCACCAACAACUCUGACAUCCAGCAGGCCAACCGGCCCUCCAAUGUCGCUCAUAUCCUACAGAGUCUCUCUGCUUCAACCAAGACAAUGGAACAGCAAGCCAAUCAGAGCCAGGCCACUGCCCCCAACAACAACCCUCUCCUCUUUAACCAAUCAAAGCUUCCUAGUCAACAGCUCACCCCUGAAGCACAGCAACAGUUAUUACAACAACAACAACAGCAGCAGCAGCAGCCGCAUCAGGUCGCCCAGCAACAGCCACCACAGCAACACCAACAACCUCAGCAGUUGCCUCAGCCACACCCCAUGAUGCACCUUCAGCAGCAACAGCAACUUAUGCAGAUGCACCAUCAACAACAACAACAACAGCAGCAGCCGCAGCCAGGCUUCCCCCAGAUGCCCCCACAACAGGCGCCAGCUCCUGCCCAUCAGUUCCUCCAGCAACAACAACCGCAACCACCACCCCAUCAACAGCAGCUGCACCCGCAAAUGUUCAACCAGCAGCAGCAGCAGCACGCAUUCUCUCAGCAGCAGUUGCGUCCCCAGCAGCUCCUGAGGCCUCCCAUGCAGCAGCAGCAGCAACAACAGCAGCUGCUGCAGCAGCAGCAGCAACACGCUUUGCAGCAGCAGCUCCAACAACAGAGGCUACAGAUGCAGCUCCAACAGCAGCAGCAGCAACAACAACAGCAGCAGCAGCAGAACCAACAGUUGCACCAGCAGCAGAUACAGCAGCAGCAACAGCAGCAUUUCCUGCAGCAGCAGAUGCAGCAGCAGCAACACAUGCAGCAGCAGCACAUGCAGCAGAUGCAGCAGCAGCAGCAUCUGCAGAACCAACAGCAGCAGGCCCUGCAGCAUCCCGGCCAGCAGCAGCAGCAGCAAGCGUCGUCUCUCCAGCCACAGAUCCCACCUCCUCAGCUCACACAGCUGUUUGGUCAUGAGCCGGGACAAGAGAUUCCUGAGGAUGGCUUCUUGGUGGGCUGUGUGUUCGCCAUAGCAGACUACCCCGAGCAGAUGGCUGACAAGCAGCUCCUCACCACGUGGAAGAGGAUCAUCCAGGCCUACGGGGGCACUGUGGACUCGUCCUUUAACAACCGCUGCACUCACCUGCUGUGCGAGAGCCAGGUCAGCAGCAUGUACGUCCAGGCCCUGAGAGAGGGGAGGCGCUGUGUGACGGCCCACUGGCUCAACACCAUCCUGAAGAAGAAGAAGAUGGUCCCUCCCCACCGCACCCUCCACCUGCCCUUCGCCUUCCCCCCCGGGGCCAAGCCCUGCUCCCAGCACAUCAUCUCCGUCACGGGGUUUGUGGACGCCGACAGGGACGACCUGAAGCUGAUGGCCUACCUGGCGGGAGCGAGAUAUACUGGCUACCUCUGUCGCAGUAACACCGUGCUCAUCUGCAAAGAGCCCAGUGGUCUGAAGUAUGAGAAGGCCAAGGAGUGGAGGAUCCCCUGUGUGAACGCCCAGUGGCUCUGCGACAUCCUGCUGGGCAACUUUGAGGCCCUCCGCCAGGUCCAGCACAUUAGAUACUCCAACUACAACCUGCAGGAACCACUGGUGCCCAACCAGCACCUGGCCCACAACCUCCUCGGGGCGUGGCGUGCUCCAGUCAAGGUGGCGCCUGAGGCUCUGGCUAGUCUGCUGCUCCAGCAGAAGCAGAAACAGACCGACUCCAGCAGCCAGCCGGCCAGCAAGAAGCCCAGGCUGGAGGAGAUCCAGUCUUCCAGUAAGAAGCUUCCUCCAGAGUCCACCCCACAUGUGUUCUUCACUGGCUUUGAGCCUGCCCAGGUGCAGCAGCACACCAAGUGGUUGCAUGCUUUGGGUGGGGAGCUGGCAGAGAGUGCACAGAAGUGCACUCACCUGAUGGCCAGCAAGGUCACACGCACGGUCAAGUUCCUGACGGCCAUGUCCAUGGUCAAGCACAUCGUGACCCCGGCCUGGCUGGAGGACAGCUGGAAAGCACAGAAGUUUGUGGAUGAGCAGGGCUUCAUGCUGAGAGAUGAUGAAGCCGAGGUGCUGUUUAGCUUCAGUCUGGAGGAGUCCUUGAACAAGGCCCACAAGGCACCUCUCUUCAAGGGGAAGUAUUUCUACAUCACCCCAGGCAUCUGCCCCAGCCUCAGCACCAUGAAGGCCAUCGUGGAGAGCGCUGGGGGGAAGGUGCUGGCCAAACAGCCCUCCUUCCGCAAGAUCAUGGAGCACAAACAAAACAAGAACCUUCCAGAGAUAAUCCUGAUCUCCUGUAUUAACGAUCUCCACCUGUGUAGAGAGUACUUUCUGAAGAACAUUGACGUGCACAACGCCGAGUUCAUUCUGACUGGAGUCCUGACCCAGAAUCUGGAUUAUGAAUCGUAUAAAUUUACUUGAUGUAGAUGUUGACCGGAUGAAAAGGAGGAAGUUUGUUUCCUUGUCUACUGAAGGCUCUGUAUGUGGAAGAAGCAAUGACGACUUAAAACAAGCUGCAAUGUAUAGUCACACUGAUAUAUUAAAACCUUUUGUACCCUGUGAAUAGACGAUAUGUUGUUUUGUAGCUUUUUGUAACAGCAGUUAAUAAUUAAUACAUAAAUGGAUGUUAUUUUUGUGAACUGAAUGUUUAAAUUAUGGUUGAUUCAUUUUAACAUUUUUAUUGUACUGUUAAAAGGUUCUGGCAAUCCUUACUGCUUUUGGAAUUAAAAUAUGAACUUUU